AUGGCGCCCCCGCCUCGCCCGGGCUCGGCAGCGUCGUCAGCAGGGCCCUCGAGCGGCUCGCUCCUCCCGCCAAAGCCGAGCGGCCUCCCCGACCGCCCGACCCUCCCCCUCGGCAAGGCCGCUCCCUCCGACCCCGACCGCGAGGAGGGCGAGGAGCUCGACGACGGCCCGCCCGCGCUUCCUGCGCCAAGGCGGCGAGGAGGGCGUGGACGAUCGUCUCGAGGAGGCGGCGGCGGCGGCGGCGGCGGCGGCGGGGGAGGUGGGCCGCCCCGACGCGGCCGCAGCCCCAGCUUCGACCGCGACCGCGACGACCGCUUCUUCGGCAGGGGCGGUCCGCCUGCAGGCCCGCCCCGCUUCGAUCCGUACCUCGACGACCGCGACAGGCGCGGCCCGCCUCGAGGUGGACCUCGCGGCCGGCCGAGGUCAAGGAGCCCGAGUCCGUCGAGGAGCUUCCGCAGCGGGAGGAGCUGGAGCCGCAGCAGGAGCAGGAGCCCGCCGCCGAUGAGGAGGGGUGGGCCGCUGGGACCAGGGUACGGCAGGAGAGGCGGAGGAGGGUUCAGGGACUCGCCCCCGAUGCGCCGCAGGCCCAUGUCGAGGUCGCCUCCUCCCUACUCGCGUCGUUCCAUGUCGCGCAGCGGCUCGCCGCCACCACGUCGCUACGGCGGCCCUCCCUCCCCCGACUUCCGCCGUCGCUCCCCACCGCCUCGCGGCGGCGGCGGCGGCUACGGACCGCCUCGCGGCCGCAGCAUGUCACGCUCUCCUCCUCCCUUCAACCGCCGAUACCCGUCACCGGGCCCUCCCCCGAGGCGCAGGUCGCGCUCGCCCCCUCCUCACGGCUACCGCGGCGGACGUCGCCGUCCGUCCUUCUCCCGCUCGCCACCGCCACCACUUCCUCCUCCCUCGCACGCACCCUUCACCAACCGGCUCGGCUCGAGGCGCGACCUCGCUGCCGCCGCCGCCGGUUCCGCCAUCGACGACGACGACGACAUGAUUUUCCGCAAAGCUCGCCGCGCCUCUCGCUCCGAGUCGCUCGCCCCCGGUCCUGGCAGCGCCGUCGGCGGACCAUCAUCGUCGGUGCCCCGACCGCUGCCGUCGCAGAGCGCUGCGGCGAGCCAGCACUUUGGGCGCAGGCGCGUCUCGCGAUCGCCCAUGUCGCCCUCGCCGCCUCCUCCGCCCAAGCGCGCCCUGUCGCCCGACCCGUACGCGAGCUCAUGGCGUCGCUCGCCGUCGCCGCCGCCUCGCAGCAGGCCGUCGCGCUUCCGGUCGCCGACGCCGCCGCCUCGCGAGCGCGAGCGCGAGCGCGAGCGCGACCAGCGCGGCGGCUUCUCGCCUCCUCCUGCGGCGGCGGGCUCGUCGAGGCCGACGUCGCCGGGCCCGUCUCGCUCGGCGGCGCCUUCGUUAGUCCCGACCGGGCCUCGCGGCUUCCGGCCCAUCGGCGAGCAGGGCAGCUCGGCGGGCGCCAACUCGAUCCCGACGGGCCCGAGGAACCGCUGCACGUCGCUCGCGAGCGCGUCGCCGGCCGGUCACGCACCAGGCGCAGGAGCCAAGGCGCCGCCGACGGGCCCGAGGGCGUGGCGGUCGGGCCACGCUGCGCCCGUCGCCGGCUCGUCGUCGUCGCCCGGAGCGGCGCCCUCAGCGUCGGCCGCCGCACCUCCUCCAGGUCGCGCGCCGAGCGAGACGCCGCCGCCGCCGCCGCCGACCGAGGCCGAGCUCGCCGCUCAAGCCGCCGAGGACGCGCGUCGCGCCGCCGAGCAGCUCGCGCGGGACGAGGCGCGUCAGGCUGAGCAGCGGGCGCGCGACGAGCAGCGCAUGCAGGAGCGCGAGCAGCAGAGGGUCAAGUGGGAGGUCGAGGAGCGCAGGAGGAAGCUCGGCAGGUGGUUGCCGAGGGCGGCGGGAGGGAUCCUCGCGAGCGUGCCGGGCGUGCAGGGCAGCUGGAUGAUCAGCCCCGGGACCGAGUACGAGGCCGAGAUCAUCCGCCUCCGCCGCGAGCGCCUCAACUCGUUCCCCACGCUCCACUCGCACCUCCUCGCCUCGGCCAAACUCGACCUCGCCCUCGCCGCCGCGCAGAGCGACGCAAACUCGGCGCGGGAGCGCACGAAGCUCGCCGGCGGGAUCACGUCUACGGGAGGGGUUGGGAUGGGGUCGGGUUACUGAGACGGGUGCGAGUGCGAGGGCAGUAGCGAGGAGGGAGUGCAACGGGGCGGUCGAGCUG